AUGGAGGGUCAAAUGGUAGGGGGCCAGAUUGAGAUUCAAAACGGUGGAUACGUCGAGAUGACGUCUGAAAUGUUAGGUGUAAAUAUGGAAUCUCAAAUGCAACUUCAGAUGAUGAGCGAGCAACAGUUGGACUCAGUGAAUGGUGAUGGAAUGACAGUCAUAAUAGAGUCACAGGAACUUGAUGGACAGCAGUUUAAUAUUCAAAAUGGGGUCCAGUAUCAAGUAAUAGAUGGACAACAAGUAGUAGUAGGAGAUACUUCGGUACAAAUGCAAAUGUCUAUGUCAUCGUCCGGAGAAUAUGGCGGCCAGAAUUUCCAGAUUGAGGGGGGCAUGAUACAAGGAACAGAGAUAAUAUACGGUUCAACACAAGCAACAGAUAUGACAGUAGAUGGGAUGAAUGGUUCUGUAAUGCAAUCCCAAGAGAUUGCACUUGACAGCAAUGGCCAAAAGAUUCAAAUGGAAGGAAUGUCAAUGGGACAAAGCGGAAUGAUGCAAGAAAUGUCUUUUGAAGCGACUGAACAACAAAUGCAGAUGCAGGAAAUGUCCAAGCAGGGAAUGUCUUUGCAAGAUAUGUCAAUGACUAUGGAAGGAAUGACUAUAGAAGGAAUGACUAUGCAAGGAGGAAUGGCUAUGGAAGGAAUGACGAUAGAGGAAGGAAUGACUAUAGAAGGAAUGACUAUGGAAGGUGGAAUGACUGUAGAAGGAAUGACUAUGGAAGGUGGAAUGACUGUAGAAGGAAUGACUAUGGAAGGUGGAAUGACUGUAGAAGGAAUGACUAUGGAAGGUGGAAUGACUAUAGAAGGAAUGACUAUGGAAGGUGGAAUGACUGUAGAAGGAAUGACUAUGGAAGGUGGAAUGACUGUAGAAGGAAUGACUAUGGAAGGUGGAAUGACUAUAGAAGGAAUGACUAUGGAAGGUGGAAUGACUGUAGAAGGAAUGACUAUGGAAGGUGGAAUGACUAUAGAAGGAAUGUCGAUGCAAGAAAUGAAUAUGCAAGAGAUGCCCCUAGAAAUGCAAAGUCAGGAGAUACAAAAUCAAGAGAUUGCAUUUGAAGGAGGCGAGAUCCAGGAACAGCAACUUGAGAUGAGUGAGAUGACUAUGCAAGGAAUGCCAUUGGAGAUAAGUGGAGGAGAAAUGCAGACGCAAGAAUUCUCAAUGCAAGAAAUGGGAAUAGUUAUGCAAAGUCAAGAAAUAGCAUUAACGGGAGGAGGGAACGAGCAGCAAUUGGAGAUGAAUGCUAUGACAAUACAAGAAAUGUCAGCUGUGGACGGUGAGUACCAAAUUGAAACGAGUGAACUGACGGUACAAGAGAUUCCACUGGAUAUGGUCGGGGGUGCGACCCAGAUAGUGGAAAUGUCAAUGCAGGAAAUGCCUUUGGAAAUGCAAAGUCAAGAGAUUUUAGCCGUGGACGGUGAGUACCAAAUUGGAAUGAGUGAAAUGACGAUACAAGAAAUACCACUGGAUAUGGCUGGAGGAGAAACCCAAAUUGUGGAAAUGUCUAUGCAGGAAAUGCCACUGGAAAUGCAAAGUCAAGAAGUUUCCAUUGUGGAAGGGGCCGAAAUCCAAGAACAGCAAUUUGAAAUAAAUGAAACGACAGUUCAAGAAAUACCACUGGAUAUGGCUGAAGGAGAAACUCAGAUAAUGGAAAUGUCCACGCAGGAAAUGCCACUGGAAAUGCAAAGUCAAGAAGUUUCCAUCGUAGGAGAAGCCGAAAUCCAAGAACAGCAAUUUGAGAUGAAUGAAAUGACAAUUCAAGAAAUACCACUGGAUAUGGCUGGAGGAGAAACUCAGAUAAUGGAAAUGUCCAUGCAGGAAAUGCCACUGGAGAUGCAAAGUCAAGAAAUUUCCAUUGUAGGAGAAGCCGAAAUCCAAGAACAGCAAUUUGAGAUGAAUGAAAUGACAAUUCAAGAAAUACCACUGGAUAUGGCUGGAGGAGAAACUCAGAUAGUGGAAAUGUCCAUGCAGGAAAUGCCACUGGAGAUGCAAAGUCAAGAAAUUUCCAUUGUAGGAGAAGCCGAAAUCCAAGAACAGCAAUUUGAGAUGAAUGAAAUGACCAUUCAAGAAAUACCACUUGAUAUGGCCGUGGGAGAAACUCAAACGUUGGAAAUGUCUAUGGAGGAAAUGCCCUUGGAGAUACAAAGCCAAGAAAUUUCCGUUGUAGAAGGGAACGAGAUCCAAGAACAGCAAUUUGAGAUGAGCGAAAUGACGAUUCAAGAAUUACCAUUGGAUAUGGCUGGGGGAGAAACUCAAACAUUGGAAAUGUCUACGGAAAAAAUGCCCUUGGAGAUACAGAGUCAAGAAAUUUCCGUUCUAGAAGGAAGCGAGACUCAAGAACAGCAAUUGGACAUAAGUGAAAUGACUAUACAAGAAAUGCCGUUGGAUAUGGCUGGGGGAGAUAUACAAACACAAGAAAUGUCUAUUCAGGAAAUGUCUUUGGAGAUGCAAAGCCAAGAAAUCUCAGUUGUGGAAGGGGGUGAGAUGCAAGAGCAGCAGUUUGAGAUGAGUGAGAUGACUAUACAAGAAAUGCCGCUGGAUAUGGCUAGUGGAGAUGUAAAGACACAAGAAUUGUCUAUGCAGGAAAUGCCUUUGGAGAUGCAAAGCCAAGAAAUCUCGGAUGUGGAAGGGGGUGAGAUGCAGGAGCAGCUGUUUGAGAUGAGUGAGAUGACUAUACAGGAAAUGCCUCUGGAUGUGACUAGUGGAGAUGUUCAGACUCAGGAAAUGUCUUUGCAUGAACUACCACUGGAGAAGCAAAGUCAAGUAGUUUCCGCCGUGGAAGAGGGAAAAAUUAAAGCAGAGCAGUUAGAAACCACAGUACAAGAAAAGCCAUUAGAACAGAACAAUGUCAGGAAAGUUACUGAAAGUCAGAAACAAGUCCGGUUGGAUAAUAGUCUCAAUCAAGAGGAGCAAGCUCCUGUGGAACAGAUAGCAGAAGAAGAAGCUGUAUCGAAUAUUGGAGAAUCCAGCUGGAGUAUAGAGGUAAUAGGAACGUUAGAGGAACAAGAGCUGGAACGAAGUUGGAGCAUGGAAGUAGUUGGAACAAUUGAUGACCAGGAAAAUGACAAAAGUUGGAUCACAGGAGAAGGAAGCCAGAUAUCCUCCAACGGACUAACCCAAGAAACAGUUUCGAAAGACAUUAGUCAGGAAAAUGAAAAACCCGUCGAGAAGAAGCAACACAAUCAGGUGAAACCUGAAGAGGUGCGGUCUAUCGAUGACGUUGCAUCAGUUAUUGACAACAGCAAGAGCGAAGAAACGAAGUCUCACGGUGGUGAUAAAAAGGUUGGUGGCAAAAAAACCACGUCAGACCAAACUGAGGUAACACAGAAAGAGACCUGUGAUCACAACAUAGUGAUAGAACAAUUUCUGGAAAAGAUUACCAAACUUGAAAGAGAGAAAGAGUAUUUGGAAGGACGUUACGACGAACUACGACAAGAGAGGGAAACUUUGGUGAUAUCAAGUAGGGAAAGGAUGCAAAAGACGGAAGAUCAUCACCAUUGUUGCGAUAUAUUGAAAGACUAUAGUAGCUUGAUCGAGUACAUCACUACUCCGAGGGAUGUCUCUUUACAGGAUCAUAGUAAUUUACAUGGAUGUGAUUUUACCCAUACUUACGACGUUCAUGAAAGUGUUAGAGAGAUUAGUAGGAAUUCAAGCCAACUGUCUAAUGACUAUGAGUACUAUAAAUCCAAGUGCGAUCAAAUAAAACGUGAAAAGGAACGCCUGGAGAGAGCUUAUGAAAACGAAAAGAAGCAGAAAGAGGAGUUUGAAAGGGAAUACCAAACUGAAAACGACGAAAAGGUUUACCUCGAAGAAAGGUACCAAGAAAUGUUGGAGAGCAUAAAUCGAUUUGAUGAAACCAUUCGUUCCCUGAGACGUGACAAUGAAUGCUUACAGAGCAAACUAAACGAGUGGGCGUCAUCUCAAGCUAGGACAAACACAUUGGACAUGGGCACGCUCACAUCAGAUCGAGAUGACGAUGGUGAAGAUCUUGCGGAAUAUAAGAAAAAUAUUCUUGCGUUAGAGAAAGAGAACAGAGAAUUCAGGUCAAUUCUGGACGUCUUAAGUAAAAAAAAUGAAAGCCAAGAAAGUUUGAAGAACAUUGAAAUUGGACUGGCUCGAGAGAACGAAUUUAUUGAGUUAAAGCGAGAAAGAGUGAGGUUAGAGGGGAACAUGAGAGAGUUGAAACGAACAAACAAGCAUCAACAGAAUAGGAUAGAAGAUAUUCGAAAGGAAUCGUCAUUAGAGAUUUCUAAAUUGAAAGAUAAAAUCCGAAAAUUGGAAUGGUCUCUAAGAGAAAACAAAAAAACCCUAGAUGAUAAGGAAGACGAGAUUUCUGGUCUGAAAAAACGACAUUCAGAAGAACUUCGUGGCAUUGAUAUGAGACUGCAGAGUCAGAUUUCAAACACACUACUGGCAAAGAGCCAACUAAAGGAUUUACAAUCCAAAAUAGAACGACUGGAGGAAGAAAGGAACAGACUAAGAGAGGACUUGAGAAGUUCAUUUGUGGGUAGCAGGGAUCGACAUUCAGGCGUAGACUUGGAUUACCAGGAUAUUGAAAUGGUUCGUCAAAAGUACGAAGAAGAAAAAAGAAGCAAGAUGAGACUUGCCAACGACAUAAAGUAUCUGCUUGCUGACAUCACGGACCUUAAAGAAAGAAACCACAGACUACAGGAAGAUUUUCUUCGAGAGAGAAUGGAAAUAAAAGCGAUGAUAGAAAAACAGGCCAAUGAAAUUACUCAAGAAUAUCUCUCACAGAUCAGUAAAUUGCAGAAAUCACUGAUAGAUGAAACGAAACGAAGGCAAGAGGCCGAAGCUGGCAGAAAUGGGCCGAUAUACAGCCAGGAAAAUCAUACCACCUUUUCAGGUACUCAGACUGACGUGAAUUCCAGAACUGGUCGGGGUUACGAUGAUAUCCAGGUGCAGCUAACAAACGAGAUAAGACGACGAGAAAACCUAGAAGCGGAGAAUAAGAAACUCCUAUAUAAACUAAAUGAAAUUCUAUCGGCUGAUGGGAAUCACGAAGGACUUGACGAUGCUAAUUUCAAAUUGAUCAGCUCGAGAGGAAAUGAAACACACAAUGUAGGGUCCUCAAAAUAUAACCAAGAAAGUGUUAAAAAACGGCAAGAACUGCAAAGUGAAAUAGCUGAUCUUCAUGAUAAGCUAGAGGUGUUGAAAAACGAAGCUAAGAAGAACAAAGAACUCAAGAGGAAAAAUGAAGAUCUUGAGGAGGAAGUCGCUCGAGUGACUCGAAAGCGAGAUGAACUCUUAGCUGGCCAGAGAAACCUCACUCGCGAAGUUGACCAUUUGUCCCGCACCCUGGAUGACGUGGAAAGGCGAAAUAGGAAGCUUUCUGAUGAAACUGAACGAUUCGCGCGGAAGAUCCAAGAUCUUGAAGAUUCAUUCCGUCAAGAAAAGAUAACUUUGACAAGAAAUCACGAGAAUGAAAAGGUAAGCGCCGUAGAGGUAGUAGUAAAGGCAAAAGAAGCUUGCGAGAAAAGACUUCAGGCGCAAACAGAAACAACAAGAAGGCUUGAGGAGAAAAUAAGACGCCUAGAAGAACAACUAUCGGCAAGCGUUGGAACCCAAAGGGAGGGCUCCCGUACCACACUCAAUUCGCAUAACGACGUUUCUGGAGAUCUUAGGAGACGCACCACUGAUUCACACGACGACAAAUUAAAAGAAGAGGUGGAACAUUUAGAGGCCAUGUUAAGAGAUGCUAAUAGGAAGCAUGCAGAUGAUCUCAAGAAUCUUGAGGCACAAAAAAGACGGAUGUCAGAAGAGUUUGAAAGAGAGCGGCAGUCUUUGGAAAACUACUUUGAGAAAGAGAAUAGUAGCCUGAAACAAAGGCUCUACGAUGUUGAGUCGACUAUCCGCGGUGACGGUAUGGGGAGUAUUGCCACGGGAGGAGAAAAUAGAGAACACAGUCUUAUCACUUCAGAAAGGAGAUCGUCGUUAAGCAAAGACGGAGCGAAAGAAUUACCUCAAUUUCAAUCAAGGAACGAAAAAUACAGCGAGAAAUCCAAGGAAAGUGAGUUUCAGCAAAAACUUCAAGGGAUGGAACAAAGAUAUAAUGAAGAGAAGAGAGAUAUUUUGAAUCGAGCAUCAAAAGAGAAGGCAAAAUUAGAGGACGAAGUAAGAGAGGCCAAGGAGAAAUUAACCGGCUAUCGCCGUUUACUCGAAGACGAAAUCGACGACUUGAAAAGGAAGCAUCGAAAAGAGAUAGAUUUCCUGAACGAAAAGUUAUCGAAACAGAGAGGUGAGUUCGAGGAAAGACUUCGUAUUGGAGAACGUAACGAAUCAAGAGGCGUGGUCGGCGGGUCAACCGUUCGUGAAAACUCAAAUCAAUUUGAUCCGAUUAACAUGACGCGAAGAGAAGAUGGCGUGGGAAAGAACAAAGUUCCCAAAGCAUUAGUUGGAACCUCGGGGACGCAGGAAGAUAGAUAUCGCUUUGAAAAAUUAGAUAUAACCCCUCACCAAGAACUCGGGAGUCUAAAUAAUUUUAGUGAUAGGGACGGAAGGUCAACUGCAAUAACAGGCCGAUAUGCUUUGGAAGAUGACAAUAGAAUUGGAAGAGGAAGAACAACUGCUGAAGAUGCCAUGGGAGGAAGAGCUGGUUUAGAAAAUGAAACUGCAAUGUUUAAGGAGGAAACGAGAGAUUACCAAAGCCAGUUGCAAAACGAAAAGAGGAAGCUGAUGGAGGCCAUACAUUCUCUGACACAGGAGGUCAACUCUCUUAAAAGUGAGAAUAGAGAAGUGAAGAACUGCUUCAAGAAAGAAAUGGAAAAGCUUAUCAAAAUUAGCGACAGCGAAAAGAAAACCAUUCGCGAUAGAGCAGCAAGAGAUAAAGACGACGAAGUAACACGGGUAACAGAAAGUUAUGAAGAAAAAUUGUCCUUUGAACGAAAAAGACUGCAAGGAAUCACUGAUGAAUUUAGACGAAAGAUGACAUUAACAGAAAAAAAAAUCAGGAAUAUGGAAGCCCAACAACGGAACGAGAGAAUACGGUACCAGGAAGAAAAAAUAAAUGCUGAAAAGAGCCUUCUCCAAAGUCACGAUGAGUUAAAGAUGAAAUUAGAGCGAGAUUACAAAAAGAUGCUGAUUGAGGAGAAACAAAAAUUUGAGCAGACAAUAAAGGGAUUAACGAAACAAAUAUCUUUCCUGCAAAAUCAGAGGAGAGAAAUUCAAGAUAAGUUGCUAAAGAACGAGUUGACAGCCAAUGCUCAGGCAAAAACACAACAGGAGUCAAGAAGCAGGAUGGUAAUUCAGAUGGAGCACGAGAUCUUUGAGCGAAUGGAACGCGAAAAAAGGCCCAUGGAAGAUAAGAUUAAAGACCUUCAACAAGAAAUCAACAAGUUGAAGAGGGAAAAAUCUGAAUUACGUGAUACUCUGGAAGGUGAAAAGCAAGAACUUGAAAAUGAGCUGGACAAAAUGCAAGCAGAGAUGAAGAGAAAGCUCAGCAAGGCGAGAGAGGAUGUGGAGAGAAAUACGAACGUUACAGGGAAACAUAUGAUGGCAACAACAAUAAAAAGUGUCCUUGUGAGUAUAUGUUAAAAUGAAUACAUAUCUGCAAAUUUAUUUAUAAAAUAGUUAUAUGAGAUUGUUGUACUGAAAGCCUAACUCUUUUGAAAAGGUUGGUUCCGAAACGAGUCAGCACUGUGCUCAAUCUGAUGUUCGACAAUACAAGGAGCAAAUCAACUUGAUGGAACAACGGAACAUGACUCUUCAAACCAAAACAGAGAGACUGGAGCGCGAGCUCAGAGUUAUGGGCGACAGAUUGAAAACUCUGGAAGUACGAAACAAGGAUUUAGAAUUCGCUAACAGAGAAGAAAUGGUAAGAGUGUUAUCCUUUUAAUAUUCAAAGUGGAGUUUUCCUAGUCAAGUCAAAUUGAAUAAAGUUGGUGUCUCCUAGUUUUCCAGUAACUAUGGACAAGAAAUACACCUUAGUCAAUAGUAAAGAUGGUGCCUUACCUAAGUAAGGCCUCUAACCCCAUUCGUUGAAUUUGUUUACAGAGCAAUAGAAACGACGUUUUCCGGUCGGGUUUUGGACUUUAUGGAGAAUCAGAUAUCCGCGGAGCCAACGACCUUUCAAUUGGCUCAACAAUUAGUGGCAUGAGGUCGGAGGCCAGAAUGUUCCAGCCAAACUUUUCUCCAAGAAUGAGCUCAGCUAAUGCCAGUUCUUUGCUGGGUUCAGGGCUAUCCUAUGGCGACAUUUUAGACAAGGUUCGGUAUACAAUGCACACCACAGGAAGUAUUUCUGACGCUCUCAGGGGUCCAAUGUCAAGCACAAGUGGAAUAGUCAGCGGAAGGUUCCAUGGGGAUACAAACUCUGCGCUAAGGCAAGGUGAUCCAAUAACAGGAGGAAUGCGUAAACAAUCAACGAUAUCUUCUCUGGGAGUCAGAAAUGUCGAAGUUAGCAGUUCUCUCGGUAAUGCAGGUGGAAAUUUGACAGCUGAAGGAGUCGGAGGCGACUCUUAUGGCAAAGAAGGGAAUCAUUAACCUUCUGUAGUGUAAAGAUAUUACAAACUCAAUCAAGGGAGUGACGUGAUAACUAUCAUGAUAUUAAUAAUGACAAUGAGAGAGGACUCUUUUUUCAAUGACAGCGCAAUGGCAAGUAUUUCAAAUAAUAGGGCGCCGAGGCGUUGAGAUAACUACUGGGUGGAUUUUAAAGACGAUAAUUUUUUAGAGUUACAUUGGACAACACAAUUAAUAAUUACCACCGUUAAAUGAGUGUCCUAAUGAUAGUGCAUCACUCAUGGCCGUGCACCAUUUCUUUUAUAACCCUUGUUAGUAAGGUUGGUAUUGUAUACAUAGUUAGUUGCUAAAAUUUCUUUUCAAAAAUAGCAAAAAUUUCGGUUAAAUAUUUUUUGUCUGUCUCUUUUUUUUUAACAAAAAGCUUUUAUUAACCAAUAAAAGGCCUAUUUGUUUUAUUUUUCAAAAGGGGCACAUAACCUACAUAAGAUUAAACUGCCUCAGUUUGUUAUUUUGGUUUCAUUAAGCAAUUGCGAAAGAUCCAUUUGGUUAGCGAAAUUGGUAUAGACCAGCCUUAAAGAUUUGAAGCUGUCGUUCUAAAUGAUAGUCACGGGUAUCGUGAGCCUCAAUACUUCAGUUCAAAUGUACUUGCUAGAAAUUGUUAUUGAAAUGUUGAUACUGUGUAUAUCAAAGUAAGUAUAAUUUCUUCGUAAGGUCUGUUGUAAACCCUUACGCUGUUUUCGCGUUGAAAAUAAUUGAAAUGGGCACUUAAAUUUUCCUUUGAAGGACUUGAUACUUUGCUUUGUAAAUGGUUUACUACUUUAUUUCUAUAUCGAUGUUUGCAUCAAACACAAGCAGGGUUAACAGUGAUAUUAAUUUUACUUAUCAUGUUAUCAAUUAUUAUCUAUAGGUGAUUUAAUGGGCAUUGCCGCAGCUGGUAAAUCGUAUAAUUUUUCCUUCAGAUGCAUGAGUUACAUUCUGGUUUUUUUUUCAAAGCGGCAUGGUUUAUAGCACAAAGGAUAUCAAUAAAAUAGAGGGGAUUUUAUCUUAUAGGACGUGCUUUCUACUUUCUACUUUCAGUUUAAGAUAAAUAUUUUCAUUCAUCGUUGUUCCAAGAAAUAACAAUUUUCAAAGUAGGCUGGUAAUGUUCGGCAUACUGAUAAAGCUUUUUAAUAGUCCUCCUGGAGCUUAGCAGCUAGACAGGUGCAAAAUCCACGUUUGUCUUUUCACUCAAUCUACACAUCAAUUAACACCCCCCCAUCAUUAGGCUAGGCUCAAUGCCAAAUAAUUUACAUUGAAACAUGGACCGGAACACCUUCAAUUCAUCAAAUAAGUAUGCGGCGUCACUGGUCAUAAUCCUAAUAAAAGCAGAGCGUUAGCUGUUGUUAACCCGGAUUCAGAAUACAUGCUUUUUCCUUUGUUCAUAACAUCUUCAAAGCAUAGAAGAUGAGCUAGAAGGACAUUAACAUUUGGCUGGUACUUAACCAGGUAAAACCGCAAAACCACCUGUGUCCUAAAUCUACAAACCUACACCGGUUUUUUUAAAAUAAAAAUAUUCCGUCAACCCGGUGUAUAAAAGCUGAAGGACAAGUAAAGGAACGUUUACGAAACAGGCCGGUGUAAUCGUUAAGGAAUUGAAUGCAUGGCAGGAAAGGGACAGCACUAGUUGAGGUUUUCCCUUUGUGAAAUACCGGGAGAUCUGUGGUUUAACUUUGUAUUUAUAUCCCACGGCUUUGCAGUAGAUUGCAUAAAAAUGAAAAAAUGGCGGUUUAUUUGUAAUUUGCCGGGUUUUUAAAAUAGUUAACGGUGAAAUCGUAAUUUUUAGACAAGAAACCCCCCCCCCCAAAAAAAAAAAUUAUUUUGUUAGUUUGGCAGGUGUAGCUUUGAUUUAAGGUUAAAUUUCAAAUAAUUUUUUUAAAAUGUGUCUUAAUAUAAUUGACAUUAUUGAUAAAGGAGGACACAUCUCCGCGUGACCUGCUAAAAGGAAAAUGCAAAUGAAUUUGACGUGACACAACCAACUCCUCUGAUUGGAUUUCGUCGUGGAUGAUAAUUUUUUACUAACCCAACUGUUUACGUCCUGGAGAAAAACAGUCAAAGUGCCAGAAUAUAGACAUUUUUCGAGCUGUCAACCAAGGAACGAGAGCUUACUGAAAGAGGAAGAUGUCGUAGACUUGUGUAGAAGAUGUAGCUAUUUUUGAAAAGGCACAAGUAAACGAAAUUCAGGUAGGUUUACAAAAUUAUGAGAAACGUUCGUUAUGAAGCCCUUUUGCACAAGUAUAUUGGCAGCUACUCUUUAUGCAGAGAUGGAUAUGAACAAGAGAAAAUUAUAUGACUGACAUGUUUUCUAUACCAGAAAACUGGAGAACUGUCAGUCCUAUACUUACUAUCAAUCAUAUAUUUGGAUACUCAAAAGUAAUUCGCACUAUCGACAAUAUCGCUUCGAUAAAAAUUCCUAAAUCUUUUUAGUGUUAAAAAUUGAUGCGUUAAUUCAUUAGCUGGUAGAACUUUACAGACAAUAACAAGGCUUAAUUUUUUUACUUGCGAAAUUCAAAGCUAUUUUUUUUUAUUUUUCUUCCUCAAUCAAAUAUAUUUUACAAUUUUACAUUUAAAUUUUCUGAAAACAUGUGAAGUGACAGUUUAAAUUUAAGAUGAGUUUCAUUUAUACUUAAACUGGGUAAAUAUACCCAAAAUUUGCUCUUGCCUGUUUUUCUUCGGUGUUUAAGAAUAAUUUAGCAAUAAAUAUUCAAGAUUCAACCACAAACAUCUAAAUUCACAGUUUCGAAUUCGUGCUUACUUCAGACUCCAUUUGACUUAGGGAGGUAUGAAUACCAAUAACCUUUUCCCUUUGGAAAAGCAUAGCGCCUCGGAUUAACUGCAAAGAUUUGGGGAAAAAACUUGACUGAAAAAUUAUAUAGUUCUUGUUAACCGAGUUCAAAGUGCAUUCUGUUAGCCAUGGACCCGGCGAGGCUUUCCCCUUUGAGCCCUUUAACUGGGAACAGGGUCCUAAAUGGGAACAGGAGAGAAAGUAAGCGAAGAUGCCUUUAUGCUGUUCUCUAUAUAUGGAUGUAAAAUACCUUCCUCACCAAUAAUCUCUUCAUUCUCAAAAAACAACAUAUUUUCUUUAAUUUAUACAAUAAAACCAGUUUAUCGAAAUAUAAUUUAGUGAUACGAUGUGUAGGAAAUUUUAACAGAAGACAGUAGCGUUAAAGAUUAUGUUUGUGUCCUUGUUUACUUAGGGGAAAAUAACAGACAUGUCUGUGGUCGAAAUCAAUGAGUCCCAACCCAUAGAUGGUUGGGGAAGUCCUUAUUAUGCUGAACCUACCUCAUACUCCAUGGUUACCAACGAAAUUCCAAUGGAAGACCAAGGAGGAAGUUGGAGCAUGGAAGUCGUGGGAACAAUUCCAACGGACCAAAAUAACAAUGCGGAAAUCCAGUCUCUUAAGCAACGAAUUCUGGCGCUGGAAGAGGAAAAGAAAAGUCUCAAUAACAUGUAUCAAAAAACGGUAACGGAUUACGAACUGUCGAAAACAAAACUGAUGCAAGAAUACGAGACAAAGAUCGGGCAACUCAAAAUUGAGCGAGACAACUGGCAAAAAAAGUACAACGAGUCACAAAGAGAAGUCCAAAGACUUAAGCAAAAGAUUUCCGCCAUGGAAAUAGAAAAUCUUCGUAUGAUUGAAGACUUGAAAAGGGAGCUUUCAAACAAAUGUAAGAUGGAGAAGGCAGAGAUGGAAACCAGGUUCUCCACUGAAAAAGAUGAAAUGCAAGACAGCUUCGAAGAACAAAUACACAUGCUUCGAGCAGAAAACGAGGGUCUGCUACAGACGUAUCAGAAGAGCACGAAGGAGUAUGAGAUGAAGAUUGUACAAAUUCAGCAGGAAUAUGAAGUUAAACUAGGACAGCUUAAACUUGACAAAGAAAAACUUGCGAAAAAGAAUACUAACCUCAGCACACAAGUGACUACAUGGCGUGAAAAAUGCUCAUCUCUUGAGAAACAAUACGAAGAAAUGCUGGCAAACCUGAAGAUCGAGUUGACGGAAAAAUGCCAAGUUGAAAAGGGUGAUAUGGAAGCUGCCUUCACGAAAGAAAAGGAAUCCAUGAUGGCAGCUCACCAAAAAUCCCUAGACGAAUAUGAAGUGAGAAUAACUUCAGUCACUGAGCAAUAUGAGGAACAGUUGGCGCAACUCAAAGCGCAGAAGGAUACAUUUGAAACAAGUUACAACGGUUCUUUGGAGGAAAUUACCGAGCUGAAGAAAAAAUUGAAGGAGUUAGAGGAAAGCUACGAGUUACAGAUGAGGGAGCUCCAAGAUAAGCUAAAGAUGGAGUACCUUCAAAAAGAAAAUGCCAUGGAAAGUGAAUUCGAUACAGACAAGCAAGACUUAAUAAACAAGUACAAGAAACUUAUACAACAAGGUGAGAUUAGAAUACUGGAAAUUCGAAAGGAAAACAAAGUGAUUAUUACGAAACUGGAGGCAGAGAAGACACAGCUCAUGGAGAAACAUGCAGCAGAAACUCAGACAUGGCAGGAAAAGGUUAACUCGCUAGAACAGAAGUACAAAGAACAAAUGAAAGCUCUGGAGCAGGAGCUGCUUGAAAAAUGUGAAAAGGAGAAGAAUGAAUUUGAAGUCAACUUCAUGAAAGAAAAAGAAGAAAUAAUUGAAAGCCACAAGACCACGAUUCAGAGUUAUGAAACAAAAUUGACAAGCACUCAACAAGAAUAUGAAGUGAAAAUUGCUCAGAUGGAAAAAGAGAUAGAAAGGCUCGAAGAGACCAAUAAGGCAAACACGGAAAAAAUGGAACAAGAAAUUUUAGUUUUAAAACAGGGUCACGAGAAACAGAUUAAGGAAGUCAAAGAUGAGAUGACAGAAAAAUGCAAUAAGGAAAAAAGUGAAAUGGAGGAGACAUUUUUCAAAGAAAAAAACAAUUUGGUAGAGUCCCACAGGACUGUGAUAACAGAGUACGAAGAAAAGAUUACUAGUCUCCAGGAGGAAUUGGAUGCAAAGGCUGAUGAGAUGGAAAGUGAAGUGAGGGGCCUCAAGGAGUCACACCAAAAAGCUCUUGAAACACUGAGACAAGAAAUGGCUGAGUUAGAGAAGAAGCAUAAAUCAAAUACCAAGGAGCUUAAGGAGGAAAUGACGGCUAAGUUCGACAAAGAAAAGGAAGAAUUAGAGUCAAGAUUUCUAAAGCAGAUAGAGGAGCUAAAGGUGUCCAAUGCAAACACAGUUAAAUCGUACGAAGAGCAACUAGCUGCAAUCAAAGAAAAAUACGAAAAGAAAUUGGCAGAUUUAGAGGCUGCCAUGAACAGUCACGAACAGAAGUAUAAAGAAAAGAUCCAAGGGCUGAGAGAAGAGUUGUCUAGUAGCGUGGAUAAAUAUGAACAGCUUAUUAAAGAAACGAAGAAAGAACUGCGACAAAAAUAUGAGAAGGAAAAAGAAGAGAUGGACAAAGAAUAUGCUGAUGAGAAAUCCAAGUUAACAGAGAGUCACGAACAAACUGUGGCAGAUUACGAAAAGAAGAUAGCAGACAUCCAAGAAGAAAUGAAUUUAAAGUUAGAAAAACUUCGAGAGGAAAAGGUGUUGUUGAACGAAGACCACAGCCAAAAAGAAGAGGAAUUGAUAAAAAAAUGUACGACACUAGAAGAGACUUACAAAUUGAAAAUGACGGAAAUUAAAACAUCUCUUAAAGAAAAAUGUGAAAAGGAGAAGAGCGAGAUUGAGGCAAACUUUGACCAAGAAAAACAACAGCUCAUCGAGAGACAGAGUGAGAUCGUUAAGAAGUACGAAGUUAAGAUAACUGAUCUGCUGCAAGAUUUCGAGAAAAGGAAUUCUCAUUUUACAGCCGAAAGGGAGAAACUCGAAUCGCAGAAGAAGAAAUUACAGGCACAACUUGAUAAGCUCCGUAAAGAAAUGUUGAAAUUACGAGAGCAAUACGAAACAACUCUAAGAACCACAAAGGAGGAAAUGGCUGACAAGAUGAGAAAAGAGAAUGCAGAAAUAGAGAAGCAAUUCAAAAAGGAAACUGAAAAUUUGAAGGUGCAACAUACUAAGAAGUUACAGCAGAUCAAAACCGAGAAAGAGGCUAUAAUAUCUAAACUAGAGCAAACAGUAAGAGAUCUAGAGUCCAAAAUCAAGGACUUGCAAAAUCAGUACGAUCAGAAGACAGCUGAGCUAACGAGAGAAAACGACAGAUUAGUUGAGAGGUGCCAGAAUCUAGACAGAAAGAAUACAGAGGAGAACACCAGUCAUAGAACAGAGACAGCCGAACUAAAAGAGGAAAUAAAGAAGCGUGAAAACUGGAUGGAAGAAAACAAGAACAAAUAUGAACAAGAGGUAGAUAAACUGAAGCAAAUUAUAGCGCAGAUGAAAGAGGACAUGGAGCAUAAAAGUAAUCAAUUGACAACGAUGGAGAAAGAGCUAGAUCGAGUUCAAAACAAUCUUAAGGAAAGCCAAGAAGAGUUUAUCUUACAGAUAAGUUUAUUAAAGAAGAAAAUUAGUACGUUAGAAAAUGACAAGAGGGGUUUGUUGAGCCGCAUACAGAGCCUUGAGGCUUCCAAGAAAGACACAAUAGUUUAUUACGAAGAAAGAAUUGUUAAGGAGCGAAAAGAAAUUGAACUGAGGUGCAUGUCACAGGUAUCAAAGCUACAGGAUGCACUCACGAAAGAAUCGCAGGAGAAAGACGAGAUUAACCAAGAGAAUCAGGAAUUUCUGAGGGAAGUGACAAAUUGGAAGACAAAAUUCAGCAACGCAGAGGACGAAUACACCAACAACAUGGAAGAUUUGAGGAGCAGGCAUGAAAAGGAAAUAAGCGACCAAAAAAUUGAUUAUGAAGAUGACUUAGCCGAUUUGAAUAAGCAAUUGGAGCAAAAGAAUGUAACCAUUUCAGCACUGGAGAAAGGAAAGCAAGAGCUUACCACGGCGGUCAAUGAGCUAACCAUCACAGUAGCAGGACUUGAGGAGGAAGCUACCAGACAAAACCUUGAAUGGGAGAAAGAUACCCUCGCAAUGAAAAACAAGAUCGAGAUGCUUGAGGAUGAAAAUAGAAAAUUAAACAAUGAAUCGGAACGAUUACGCUUGAAAUUGGAUGACGUUGAAAGACUUUUCAGCGAAAUUGAAGAGCAAAAUGAAGCGACCAUUAAAGACCUCAACGUAAAGAUUGAAGAAUACGAGACAAAGAUAAAAGGAUAUUUGGAGGUUGAGACAGCAAAUCGUGACACGCUUAAGGAACUAUCUCGCUUACGAUCUCAACUUGAGGCUAAUACAGCAAAGGAGAGCAAACUGAACCAGGAGAACGGCACCUUAACAUUAAAGAUAACAGAGUUGGAGUACCUUAAUAGAAGACUGACCGACGAUCUUGCAACAAUGGCCAAAAAAUGUUCAGAUUCAGAGGAAGAACGUAAAAUGGAGCUUGAGCAGUUAAAAGAGAGGCACGAAAUGGAGAGAGAAAAACACAUCGGUGAAAAAGAUAAGGCAACGGUCGAAGUGCGGAGAUUACAAAAGAUCGUAAACGAACUAGAAAGUACUAUAAGACGCUUAAAGGACUCUGUCGAGUCAGUCAACGAGGAGAAAAAGAGAGACGAAGAUCGUUUUAACUUUGAAUUGCAUGGUUUACUUGAGAAAUACGAAAGUGAAAGGAAGAGGAACGAGACGUUGAAGGAGGAGCUCCAGCAGAAGACCCGCAUUUUUGAGGAAAAGAACAGAGAGUGGACACGAAAACUGGAAGAUGCCAGCUAUAGACAUCGAGAUGAAAGAGAAAAGCUCCUAAAGGAAAGGAAAACUUUAGAGGAGAGUUAUGAGAAACAGCUGAAGGAUCUGAAAGAAGAAGCAACCAACGAAAGAGAGAUUUGUGAAAGGAAAAUAAGUCAACUCGAGCAAACAUACAAGCACGAGAUCAACACAGUUCGUUAUGAACGCGAGCAGUACUUUAGAGAAGUAAGCAGUAAGGAAAUAGAGAAGACCCGUAAGGAACUGGAAAAGGAGAAGAAUGAUCUUCAGCAAGAAUUCCUAGCGGAAAAGAAACAACUGAUUGAAGACUAUAACAAGAGAAUUCAAGACGAGAAUAGGAGGUUUACUCAGUGCGAGGAGAAGUAUAAAACUGAAUUAGAAACACUUACAAGGGCAAAGUCGGAGAUGGAGAGGAAGAUAUACGAUCUAGAGACGACAAUUGAAAGAACCAAAGAACAACUGACGUACCGCUUCACGGAAGAACGUCGUAAGAUAGAGUAUAAGCUAGAAUCGGAGUUGAGGGAAGUCAAGGAAAAACACAGACUAGAGCUCAUAGAACGUUCGCAAAAAGACAAACUGGAUAUGGAGGCAAAAGUCAAAACCGAGAGAGAAGAAUUUGAAGAGAAAAUAAGUCUUGAGUAUCAAGCCAAGAUAACAAAAGAAGUAUCCAAUCGGGAAAGGCAACUGAAAGAUUCUUUCCAGAAACUAGAGAAUGAAUUUCGUGCAGAAAAGGAGCGGUUACUGGAGACGGAAGGAAAAUUGAAGAUGCAAAACGAAUUGUUGUUAAGGGAAAAAGAUGCGUGGCUUAAGCAAAGCCAGAGGGACAAAGAUGAACUGUCCGGAAAAUUGGAACAUGAAAAAGAAUUGCUAAAUGUAACCUUGGAAGCUAUGUCCAGGGAGCUUUCCAAGAUGAGAGAGGAAAAGACUUCUCUUUCCGAAUCCUUCAAGAAAGAAAAACGAGAGCUAGAGAAGAAGUAUGAAACAGAAAUGGCGGAAUGGAGAAACAAGGUCGAAAAGGGAAAGCAAGAAUUGAUGGCACGACUCCGAGAAGAGUACAGACAGGCAGCUCAAGCUAACCAACGAUCGGCAGACGCAACUAUAGCUGGGCUUAAAGAAAAACUAGUGAAAGCAGAAAGGAAGAUCGUAGAAGCAGAGGAGAACUUUAAGAAGGAGAAAAGCAAGUUAGAACAUCAAUUUAAGCACGAGAAAAUGGAAAUAGAGCAACGAACUCAAAGGAUCACGCAAGAAUUAAAGGUUUUCUUGGAGCAGGAGUUUUACAAAAGAUCACAAGACGAAAGGAAGAUUUAUGAGAACACCCUGUCGAACCUACGAAGCGAAAUACUAGAACUUCAGGAAGGCAAGAGCAGACUUGAACGAACUUUAUUGGAACAACAAAUGAUCGCGCAUAGCCUCGGGAGAGACGUCAGUUCACUGAAGAGUGAGACGCAGCAGUCAAGCCCUAGGCAACGGGAACUGAGUCUCCUGGAGCGAGAACUUCAAGAGUUACGACACAAAAACGAAAAGCUGAAAAUUGCCACGAAAGAGGCUCAGUUUUAUAACAAUGAGCUUGUACAGUGGGAGAGUGGAACGAAUUGUCCAGUUUUGAAAACUGCUCAAGAAAUGACGUCCACUGCCUCGACCUCACAGUUUCCUGUAGUUUAUAGCGGAGAAAGAGGGGUGAGUACACGUAAAAUUGUCGCAAUGUUAUUUAUAAAGUCAAAUAAAGCCCUGAAGGAGCGUUUAUUAGGAAACCUUCAUCAAAAAGUGCCGAAUUGCGCUCUUUUUAACACUGUUAGAGGUGGGGAGACGUAGCUAAAACUGAGCAUUGAUGAGUGAAAGUGAUUCGACGAGAAGCUGAGUUCAUUUCCAUAGAGUUUAAAGGAAACAAAUCAGAAGUCCUAAAGUUUAUAAAUUGAUUUGAGAGAAGAAAUUUACUAGCCGAAGACACUAAUUAACAAUAAUUUUCCCUGUUACACUAUACAAGGAAGGUUCCCCACACGCGUUUUUAAUCAAUCGAUGUUAUCGUUUUCCUAAAGUUAUCGAGGGUCUCUAACGAAGGCAAAACCCGAAUCCUUGAGCAAACAGGCCUAAGGUUUCAAUCAAACAACGAUCGUCUUGAAAAAGAGUUGGAGAAAAUGGGAGAAAAGCUGAUGGAUUUGGAAGAAAGAAAAACGGAUCUUAUGCCAGAGGUAAGAUUGAAUUAACUGAUCAGAUGUUUAUGAAAGCACAAGGUCGCUCCAACAUGAUUCUCGUGACGUGCGUUUUUCCAGAUGUAACUGUUGGGUGUAACAAAACGACUGUUACCUCUGGUGCUUAUAGAGACCUUUGUCUCUCAAAAUGCUUUUCUUAAUUAUAUGUUAAUCUUAAAACAUAGACACUAAAAAUAGCUAUAAGCAUACGUGAUAAGAGUUUCUUAAUCACUACCAAUAUCAACUUUAUGAAAUAUUUAACAGGUUGAAGACGUCACAGCUAAUUCAGGAGAAAACUCAGAAGUAACAAACACAAAUCGAUUCUACAGUAGCAACACUAGCUAUAUGGCGAGCAAUUCUUCGUCUGGACCUAACUACUAUUAG